GUAAAGACACUGACCUACAAAAGAAAAGUCGAUUUUCUUUAAGUCAUUAUAGCACGAGCGCGCGGUUAAUUUAGUCCGUCAAGAACUCAAGAUCGGUGAAAUGAAAUUAUUUAUCGAUUUAUUCGAAAACUUGUUCGCUGUAUAAGAAAUCCCCGUGAAGUGCAAAGUAGUUCACGCUUCGCAGAGGAAAGGGGAGAAGACAUUGUCAGAAACAAACGAUUCAAACCGAAUUCUGUAUGGUUCUUCGAAAAGUGCGAUUGUUUUAGUUCACAAUGGACAGCAAUCCUGGUUGUUCAGGAUUUUCACAAUGUUGGAAAAUACGAUCACAAUGCAACCAGUCUUCCAGCGAUCAGAGCUUUGCCUCAGGUUUGGACCCUGCAUCAUACACAUUCACUGCUCAGGGAGAAAUGAAAUGCUGCAUCAAAUCAUACCAAUAUGAUCUGCUAAAGAGUUUGUAUGUGAUGAAGCAUAAUCAGAUGUUGACAGAUGUUAGGCUAGAUGUUGUUAACGAAACCUUUCACGCUCACAAAAUAGUAUUGGCUGCUGCUAGCCCGUACUUUAAAGCCAUGUUUACAAGUGGUCUCAGAGAAAAGGAUGCAUCUGUCGUUAAAUUGCAAGGAGUGUGCCCAACUGUGAUGAACAAACUUCUUACUUUCAUCUACACUGGUGAAAUUGUUAUAAACCAAUUAGUUGUCUGCCAGUUACUUCCCACAGCAAAUAUGCUGCAGGUAUCCCCGGUGAUUCAAGCCUGUUGCACCUUCCUUGAAAACCAAUUAGACCCAAGUAAUGCCCUUGGUAUUGCAGCAUUCGCUGAACAGCACCAUUGUAGUAAUUUAUACAAAGCUGCAAAUGAAUUCAUUGAUCAACAUUUUAUUCAGGUUUGUCAGGAGGAGGAAUUUUUACAAUUGAGUUCUUGUCAGUUAGUGGCUCUAAUUCGACGCGACCAUUUGAAUGUUAGAGAGGAAAGAGAUGUAUACAACGCCGUUCUAAAGUGGGUUCGAAGUAACGAAGAGCAUCGACGGCCAAAAAUGGAGGACAUUUUAGGCGCUGUUCGCUGUCAUUACCUCUCGCCCAGUUUUCUAAAAGAUCAGAUGAAGAAUUGUGAUAUAUUAAGAAAGGUACCAGCCUGCCGCGAACAUUUAGCAAAAAUUUUCCAGGAAUUAUCACUUCAUAAAUCGCCGUGUGUACCGCAGAGAACUCCAUCAGCUCCUUGUGUUCUUUAUAUUGUCGCUGGCUUCUCACGCCGUUCGCUUAACCUUUUUGAAGCCUUCUCAGUCAGCGAAAACAAGUGGCUAACACUCCCACCUUUACCUAAAUCUCUUUCUGGUCUUGGAGGAGCUUUUCUACGAGGAAUGCUGUAUGCCGUUGGUGGCCGAGAAAAUAUUCCGGAUGCGUUGGGUCAUAGUGGCUAUGUAAACGCUUACGAUCCUGUUACGAGCACUUGGCAUUCGCGUGCCGAUUUACUUCAAACUAGGCAUCGAGCUGGUUUAGCAGUCCUGGACGGCUAUCUUUAUGCCGUUGGAGGAGCUUCGGGGAAAACGGAUUUGGACACUGUGGAACGCUAUAAUCCUGAAAGAGAUCAAUGGGAACUGGUUGCAGCUAUGAAUACAGCUCGUGUCGGAGUAUCAGCAGCUGUUGUCAAUCGACUUCUGUACGCUAUAGGAGGAUUUCACGGUGUUGAUCGGUUUAAAUCCGUGGAAUGCUUCCACCCUGAGAAAAAUGAAUGGUUAUUUGUUAGCGCCAUGAAUCAGGAACGAAGUGGAGCCGGAGUGGUAGCUGUUGGGCAGUAUAUUUAUGUGGCUGGCGGGAUGGGCUUAUCUGGACAACUUAGCUCAUUUGAACGAUACGAUACAGAAAAGGAUAUUUGGACCCAAUUGAGCCCAAUGUUGACAGCUAGAAGCGCGCUCACCUUAGCAGUCUUAGAUAAACAAAUUUAUGCCAUGGGAGGAUUCAAUGGGACCAGUGUCGUCGAUACAGUUGAAAUUUAUAAUCUUGAAACUGAUCAGUGGCGGGUUGGCCCUCCACUAAGUUGUCCACGAUCAGGUCAUGCGACUGCAGUUUUUUGCUCUCCAUGUUCUGCGCAUUCGACACAGUGUUGAUACUACUCAUUGAAAGCCUUUAGAUAUUUCUCUAAACAUAGAUCCAGUCACGUGGUUUAUGUAUCAAGUGGUUGAACGAAGAUUUGUUUGUACAUAUCCACAUUUGUGUACAUAAUACUGAAAAUAAAAUAGGGUGUCUGAUGUGCCCACGUUA